UAUACAAAUAUUCGCAAUUAUACAGCGUGCGACAACGUGGCAGCGCAGAAAACAACUUUUUCUAGUGAAACCCUAUGUUACCUUUACAAUAUGACCUAGUUUGUUCUAUCGUUGGGACAUUCUAUGCUAGAUGAUUCAAUGUGGAAAUAGGAAUAUGAAACGGAUGAUAGAAUUACCAAAAAAGGAGUAAACAGGUCAAAUCCGAAUGAAUUUUCAACAUUUUCGAAACGGUUCCAAGACGAAUUUUCCAAUUAAUGCCGACUUUGAGUGGGCGGUCUGCUUGCCUGAUAAGCAUGCUUUAAACCGCUCUUUGUCCCCCGUCUCGAAUCUUUUAUACGUGACGGCUUUAAUUAUCGCAUUUCAUUUAAAUGUGUUGGCAAGUGAUAAGUAGCCGGCGUUGUUCUCUAUAAGGCUACUAAAAUGCCAAAUGCUGCACUGCUUUAUAUGAUUUUGUGCGAAUUUCUAUGCUUUGUAAAUGGGCUGCAAUGCAUGGACCCAACCAACAACCCUGUAGACUGGUAUGUGAUAUACAAGUUGCCAAAGCAGCGCUCGCAUAGUAACCCGUUGGUCAGGGAAGGCCUGGGUUUUAUGUACAUGACCUCAAGUGGCGAGGACCAAUGGAGAUUGUCGGAAGUAGAUAUUAAUGAUACCAGGUCUAUGGUGGCUCACACCCUAAGCUCUCGAUGGCAGAAUUAUUUUUACCUACUCUAUAACGACCAGCCGCCGUAUGGGGAUGCGUCAGAGCUCAAAGGCCACACGAAAGGGGUUGUAAUGGCAAAUGCCAGUGGGGGAUUUUGGCUUAUUCAUUCAGUGCCCCAUUUUCCUCUCAGUUUGGAGCAAUAUGCCUAUCCGAAGAGUGGCACUCACUUUGGGCAAAGUUUUCUUUGUGUCAGCCUGGGUCUGGAGGCACUUAACAGCGUAGGGCUGCAGUUGCUGUACAAUGAGCCCCACAUUUACGCGCAAAACGUCCCAACAGACCUAAAGGAGCGGUUGGCCGUACUUUCCAGAGCCGCCAACAAUGAAACGAUACAAUCUGCCCCUUGGUAUCACGUACAAAACAUUACUUCGUCGGCAGGGCUCAAGUUCAUAUCCUUUGCAAAAGCGCGGAAGUUCAACAAGGAUUUGUACGCUGAUCUGGUCAGUCCUGCUUUAAGGAGCAAUUUAUAUGUUGAAACCUGGCCCAAUGAGCCUCAUCGGUUGCCCUCCAAUUGCCAACAUAAGUUUCAAGUGGAUAACAUUAUGUCUAUAUCAUCGCAGCACCCGGCGGUGUCAUUCAGUGCAACGGUGGAUCACUCCAAGUGGGCCGUCUCGUCUCCUAAGGACUUAUCGAAGUGGGUUUGCAUUGGGGACAUAAAUAGGGCGCAGUCACAAACUACGAGAGGCGGGGGCACUACCUGCUUAAACAGCAGCUUAGUAGCCGGUAGAUAUUUGGGAAUUGUUGCCAAAGUGCAAACGUGCAGUAAGCCAAUCAACAAUGCUUUAUUCAAGGAUGAAAUAAAUGCCGUUGGAGAAAAAAUCUGAAGGCCAAUCGACAACUUCGUGAUCCCUUGACCGUUACUGGCACUUAUUUAGCACUCCAGGUAGCUUCAUGUAAUUUUUAUAUAAUAAACUAUCUACGAUCGCGCCUACCGGGA